UUGCUAAAGUCUAAUGUCAACAACAAUUCAUUCGUGUUGAAAUUGUCAUAAACAGCACAUACAAAAAAGGAUUAACUACUUUUGUUUUAAAGUUAAAGCGAGUUUUUACCGAGUCAUUUGCAUUAAGUCAAAUUAUUUGAUUGGUGGGAAGAGAAAAAGAUCGAAAUGUCGUCGUUAAAACAUAUAGCCACGGUUUUUGCUAACGGUAGAAUUCCUGUGCAUAAAUACAAGUCCGAAUUGACCGGAUUAACAGUUGUAAUUGGUGAAGUAGAAGGGCCUCUAGUCAAUGGAUUUUUCACAUUAGCAACUGAAGCUCACGACGAUGACGGUUUGCCGCAUACACUCGAGCAUUUAAUAUUUCUUGGUUCCGAGCUGUAUCCAUAUAAGGGAGUACUCGAUUUGCUUGCAAAUAGAUGUUUGGCUAGUGGAACAAAUGCAUGGACCGACACCGAUCAUACUUGCUACACCAUUAAAACUGUUGGCAAAGCCGGCUUCCUUGAAUUAUUACCGAUUUAUCUCGAUCAUAUUCUGUUUCCAACUUUAUCCGAUGCUGGUUACAUCACAGAAGUCCACCAUAUUGCACCAAAUGGUGAAGAUAGCGGUGUUGUUUACUGUGAAAUGCAAGGUAGAGAAAAUUCGGGCGAGUCGCGUGCAAUUUUGGCACUUUUAAGAAAUCUUUAUCCAAAUUGUGGAUACAGUGCCGAAACUGGAGGCAUCAUGGAAAAUUUACGAACAAGCACGUCAAACGAAAAAGUACGAAAUUAUCAUGCCCAAUUCUAUCGGCCGGAGAAUUUAACACUGAUCAUCACUGGCCAGGUGAAAGUUGAAGAUGUUGCCAUUGCAUUGGAAUCGGUUGAAAAUCGAAUUUUGAGCAAGGAUAAAAAGCCGGAAUUCGUACGGCCAUGGUUAACACCGAUCGAACCACUUGCUGACACAACUGACAAACGUAUCGUUUAUCCAUCCGAUUGUGAAGAUUGUGGCAUCGUUCAUGUUGGAUGGCGUGGACCAAAAUGCACCAAAGAAAAUCUUAAACUAACGGCAACUUCAGUUCUUCUUCGAUACUUGUCCGAAACGUCAGUUUCACCACUGCAACGUGAAAUGGUUGAAAUCAACGAUCCAUAUGCUAGCACCGUUUCGUAUAACAUCAUUGAAAACUAUGAGUCAGCCAUUUAUUUUUCGUUUGAAAAUGUGCCAGUUGAUAAAAUCGACAAUGUUUAUGAGAAAAUGCAAACCAUUCUUGGCAACAUUUCAAAAGGAAUUGAAAAAAUUGAUAUGAAUCGUAUGCAAAACAUUCUGGAGCGUUCGAUUCUCGAGUAUUUCAGCAAUUUGGAAAGUAAUCCACAUGAGGCGCUCGCUUUUGCCUCUAUUGCCGAUUCACUUUAUGGCGAACGCAAUGAAGAUUUUGAAACAAGACUAAACAUUGAUCGUCAAAUGCGAUUGUUGUUGGAGAAAACUGAAGAUUUCUGGGUGGAACUGUUGAAUGAAUAUUUAAUCAACUCGAAGCGUAUCGUCAUCCGGGCUGUACCCAGUAUUGAAGAACAAAAACGAAUGACAAAAGAGGAAGCGGCAAGAGUAGAACAGCAGCGUAAAUCGUUGGGCGAAGAUGGAUUGGCAAAGAAAGGUGAAGAAUUGACCCAAGCAAUAGCCCAUAACGAAAUUGCACCCCCACCCGAAAUGUUGACCAAAGUGCCCAUACCAAAUGUGGAAAAUAUAAAUUCGUUGCCAUCAACUGUUCAAGAGCGUGACGGUGAUGUGUUUGGCGAUGCAUCAAAAUUGGCCGGUUUAAAUUUGAGUGAAUUUCCAUCGCCAAUCAAUGUUACUUGUUGUGGCAUUGAUUCAAACUUUGGCUAUAUCAUGGCUUAUUUCAAUACCAGCAAAAUUGCACCCGAAUUACGGUCAUAUUUACUAUUGUUCCUUGAUUUGAUUGUCGAAUCGCCAAUUCGUCGUGAGGACGGUACUUUAAUACCUUACGAAGAAGUCGUGUCGGCGCUUGAAUCGGACACAGUAUCACUGCAAACGACCAUUGGCUUAGAAGCAACUAAUCAAUUUAGCUGCGGCUCAUACUCUCAAACGGUCGUUCUAAUGCUCAAAGCCGAUCAUAAAAAAUAUAUUCGUGGCAUUCAAUGGGUUAUUGAUCUGUUGAAUCGUACUGAGUUCACUGUAGAACGUAUUCGAGUUAUUGCGGCGAAAAUUUCGAAUGCCGUAUCACAAGCCAAACGAAAUGGAAACUCAGUUUCGAAAGAUCUUCUCAAAGCCGUUUACUACCAAGGCAAUUCGAACGUUCGAAAAUGUUCCAUGAUAUAUCAACAACGUUUCUUGACUUCACUUCUGGAGAAGCUGGACAAGCCAGAUGAAGCCACAAAAAUUAUUGACAACUUGAACAAAAUUCGCAAAGAGAUUUUGACACCUAGCUGUCUUAGUUUGUACAUUGCCGCCGAUUGGUCCAAAAUAAUCACGGCAAAUUCAAAUGAAUUCUUUGAAAAUUGGAAAAAGCUUGUGCAAACCGAUGAAGUCACAUUCAGCAAAGGAAAGUACGAACGUCCUCAGGUUGAUUACCAGAUCCGUAAGAAGGUCAUUACCGAAGGUCAAACACUUGGUUUGGGAUGUGUUGAAGGUGCGUUUUUCAAUCAUGCUGUACCAUGCCCAAUUACAAUCAACGAUCCCGACUACAUACCAUUGAUGCUCUUCAUGCAGUAUCUUACUCAACUUGAAGGUCCAUUCUGGCGUCAACUACGAGGCCAAGGUCUAACUUAUGGCUACAAUAUGUUUAUACGUUUGAAUGAGCAAUUGCUGUACUUUACACUGUAUCGAGCAACCAAUGUUACCGCUGCAUUUAAGCAAUUCAAAAUAAUUACGGAAGCGCAAUUAUCGCCUGAUGCCACAUGGGAUGCUGCCUUGCUCGAAUCGGCUCGAAGUUCUCUUAUUUUCGAAUUUGUUGAACGUGAAAAAUCGAUCGAUGCGGUAGUUUUACAGAAUUUCAUUUCGACCUGUUUCCGUGGAACCAAACGUAUAACUGAUUUGAAUCAAGCCAAUGUUCGACAAGUGAACAACGUUACCAUUGACGAUAUGGUGUCGGUUGGCAAAAAAUACAUUAGUCAAUUGUUCACACCAAAUUCCCGUACAACGAUUGUCUGUCAUCCCGAUAAAGCCAAUGAAAUUCGCGAUGAGUUCACCACUUAUGGUUUUAAGAUGACCGUUUCUACCAACAUUGAAAGCAGCAUUCUCAGCAACAUUGAAGAUGAAUAAAUUAACACGAUAUAAUUUUCAAUUUGAAAAUACAUUAUGUAUGAUAUUCUAUGAGAAACACACGAAAUAAAAAAUUUUAAUACAUUUUUCACUGGAA